UGACCUGCAGAGAUUUGUGAUCUGCUCAGAUUGUGUCAGUAGUAUUAAAACGGUCGGUGGGCAUCCAGCUAAUUUUCCGCUUAUCUUCUGUGAAAUUUGAAAGUGAAAGUGUAGUUGUAGAUAAAAAUACAAAAAGAAAAAAAUGGCUGAACAAAAGAAGGCUCCACUCCUCAGGAAAGAGGAAGAUUACGUGAAAGCGCUGGAUGGUUUCUUCACAAAAGAGGAUCAGGUUGCGUUGCUACUCGAUUACGAUGGCACAUUGGCUCCCCUCAGCGAAGAACUCUCCGCCAUGCCAAAGGAUACUGAAAUUAAUAUCAAAAAAUUGGCCGCCAACGAUAAAGUAUUCAUGGUUGUCUUCUCCGGACGCGAUUUAGCCGAAAUUAAGAACCAUCUGAAAUUCCCCAAUGUGACAUACGCUGGCAACCACGGUUUGGAAGUAGAGUACCCAUCGGGCAAGAAAUUCAAGAUUGAAAUGCCAGAGGAGCUUUUGAAGAAACAUCAGGAACUGGUGAAUGAGCUGAAAGAAAAGGUGGUUUUGCACGGCGCCUGGGUUGAAGACAAGAAAAUCUCCGUGACCUAUCACUACAAGGGUGUCAACGACAAAUUGAAGGGCAAACUGGUUGAAACUGCAAAGGGUCUGAUUCAAGGACAUGGUUUCCAGCUAAUCGAAACCCCCUACGCUUUGGAGGGCAAGCCACGCGUCAACUGGGACAAAGGUGAGGGUGCCAAAAUGAUUUUGGAGAAACACUUCGAUGCCGAAUGGUCCAAGAAGCUGAAGAUUAUUUAUGCCGGUGAUGACACCACAGACGAGGAUGCCAUGAAAGUACUCCACGGUUUGGGCAAAACUUUCCGCGUCUCGGAGCUGCCAACACUGAAGACUUAUGCCAAUUAUCAAAUCAAAACCGUUGAAGAAAUUGGCUGGCUACUGAAAGCCAUCCAAUCGGUUUAUGAAGUCAAGAAGAAGUAAAAAGUGCUUACUAGACAUAAAAAUUCCAAAAACAAAAAAAAAGAAAAUAUUAAGAAAACGGAAAUGACUUUAUUUAGACGUUUUUCUGUAACCGCAACAACAACAACAACACAUUUUUAUACUUGUGUAUAGCAAAAAAAAAAAAAAACAAAAAAUAAAAAUAAAAAAUUAAAAUAAAAAUAAAACAAAAUUUGAAGUGAUCAAAACUAUUUGGUUUGAUUGUAAAUUAUUUCUUUGUGCAUUAAUUGUAUUUACAUGCAGACUUUUAAAUAACUUUGAAUG